AUGUGCCUUCUCGUUCUGGAACAACCGGGAUCAGCAGCAUGCAAGGAGAUGCAUAAGGCACCCGGUUUCGGCGUUCUGAACUAUCCAAGCGAAGAAGCUAAAGAAGUCUUAUGCACUAUCGACCCUGUAUUCAAUUUACGCGGCCAACUCGAUUAUCUACCGGGCGGUGAGGGUUUGAUACUGAUUGCUAUAUGGCCGAUAUUGUGA